ACUUCGCUAUCUCGCUCCCCCUUCCUCUCUCUCUCUCUCUCUCUCACGAUUGAUCGAGUUUCUUCUGCUUGCUAACCCACUAGGGUUUUCACUGAGAUAUAGAUAUGUGUUUUCUGUGAUGCGAGAGGACUAGAUUUUCCGGGAAAAUUUUGGGCGGAGAAUGGCAUAUAUGUGCGCGGACAGUGGAAAUCUAAUGGCGAUAGCUCAGCAAGUGAUCAAGCAGAAGCAAGAGCAAGAGCAGCACCAGCAGCAACACCACCAGCAACAGCAACUCGUUGGUGCCAAUCCUUUCUGUCUCAGCCCAUGGAGCACCACGCAUCAGAGCAUAUCCAGCAGUCCCACUUUGGGCUACGGGUUCUCCGACCCAUUUCAGGUCGCCGGAGCGGCGGACGGUGGUGAGCAUGGCUUUCAGUUUCCUAAUUUGGAGAACCAGUCGGCGGCCUUCAGAUUUCUCGAGUUCGGGGGCGGGACGGGAGGCGACUUUGACUCGGACGAGUGGAUGGAGAGUUUGAUGGGCGGUGGAGAUUCCACGGAGAGUUCGAAUCUUCCGUCCAGCUGCGACGCCUGGGAAGGCGGUUGCGCCGCUUUUAACCUUUAUGGGUCCGAUCCGUUUCCUGCUUGUCCGAGUCGACUCAGCCUGGCCUCGUCUCCACCGUCAGAUCUCAACCGAGUAAUCUUCUCGGACGGCCAGAAGAAUGCUAAUCUUCUUCAAGUUCAGACAGCUCCUCCCUGGGUCCCCUCGUCGCCGCCUCAGCCACCGCAGGCGGUGCCGAAGGACUCGAAGCAGGCUAAUCUUUCGCCAAAGAACGGUGCCGUUGCCGGUGCCGGUACCUCCUCGAGCUCACCGGAAACCGAUUCAUCAAAACCGCUGCUCAAAGCAUUACUCGGCUGUGCUCGACUCGCGGACUCUGAACCUGAUAAGGCCAUUAAAUCACUGAAUCGGCUCAGGGAAUCGGCAAGCGAGCACGGAGAUCCAUCGGAAAGAGUAGCUUUCUACUUCAUCGAAGCUCUCUAUAGCAGAGUUUCGCAUCAAGCAGAGACGACGCCGACAAUCGCCGAGACGACGUCGGAGGAGUUCACGCUUUCGUACAAAGCCCUAAACGACGCUUGCCCGUAUUCUAAAUUCGCUCAUUUGACGGCCAACCAAGCAAUCCUCGAAGCCACCGAAAAGGCCAGAAAGAUCCACAUCGUCGAUUUCGGAAUCGUUCAGGGCGUUCAGUGGGCGGCGCUCCUGCAAGCGCUGGCAACCCGAACUGCCGGGAAACCCGAAUUGAUUCGGAUAUCCGGAAUUCCAGCUCCGGCACUGGGGAAAUCCCCUUCAUCGGCACUAAAUGCCACCGGUAAUCGCCUCCGGGAUUUCGCGAAGCUUCUGGGGCUGAGCUUCGAGUUCGAGCCUGUCCUCACUCCGAUCCAUGACCUUGAGGGGUCAAGCUUCCGGGUGGAUCCGGACGAGGUUUUGGCCGUGAACUUCAUGCUUCAGCUGUACAACCUUCUCGAUGAGGCCAACGUCGGCGUCGAAACGGCUCUCAGAUUGGCCAAGUCUCUGAACCCAAGUAUAGUCACUUUAGGCGAGUACGAGGCCAGCUUGAACAGGGCUGGGUUUCUCCGGCGGUUCAAGAACGCAUUGGUGUACUACUCCGCUAUCUUCGAGUCUCUUGAACCCAACUUGGAUCGAGACUCGCCGGAGAGGCUGGAAGUGGAGAGAUUACUUCUCGGCCGGCGAAUCGCCGGUGUAAUUGUUCCGGACGAGCCUGGAACCAGAAGAGAACGUGUGGAGGACAAGGAACAGUGGAGGGCGCUGAUGCAGAACGCCGGUUUCGAAUCGGUUGCCCUCAGCAAUUACGCCAGGAGCCAAGCCGAGAUUCUUCUGUGGAAUUACAAUUACAGUUCGUUGUUUUCGCUGAUUCGAUCUGAACCUGGGUUUCUCUCUCUGGCUUGGAACGAAGUCCCACUUCUCACUGUUUCUUCGUGGCGCUGAUUCUUGUCAUUUGGGCGCCUUUUCCACACAUCGGCGUUUUUUUAUCUACUGUGGGAGGAACAGCUUAAAUUCGCCAUUAAUGAUCUCUUCUUUUGGAGCUUGCCCAAUGAAAUCUGUCUGGAAAAAGACACCUUGUCCGGCUUAAUUUAAGUUUACCCAUGUUUGUCAAUUAUAAGCCCUAGCAUUGAAAACAUACCACCAUAUAGAUGUUAUAGGCCCCCUAUGGAGCUCUUUUUGAAAGCAAACUAGCUUGUUACUUUGCAGCUUGAAUUUAGUGUGUCCAUAUGGCUCUUCUUAGAUUCUUCUUUCUUCUUCA